AUGGCGUUCAAAUCCUUUUUGACGGCCGGAAUGGCCGUGUCCUCUCUUUUGGCUUCGUCCACUUCCGCUUUUGACUUAAACUCCAAGACAAACCUUGCGGUGUACUAUGGUCAAGGUCCCUACCAACAGCGCUUGGCGCAUUUCUGUCAGCAAACUUCGAUGGACAUCAUCCCGAUAGGAUUCGUCCAUAUCUUCCCGGAACAAGGCAAAGGUGGUUACCCAGGCUCGAAUUUCGGGAACCAGUGCUCAUCAGAGGUGUAUUUGAACGAGGAUGGUGUCCCAACGGAACUUCUUAAAGACUGCCGCCAGAUUGCAGAGGACAUUCCUAUUUGCCAAGCUGCCGGAAAAAAGAUCCUGCUUUCACUGGGUGGUGCGACCUCUAGGUAUGAACUCAAUACCCUGCGAUCCGCUCUUGAUUUUUCCGAUUUCCUCUGGGGUGCUUUCGGUCCCAAGACGGCUGCAUGGGGUAAUAAACCUCGUCCGUUGGGCGAUGUUGUUGUUGAUGGGUUUGAUUUCGACAUAGAGCAUAAUGGCGAUUAUGGCUAUGCUACAAUGGUUGAUCGGCUACGAUAUCGCUUCAAGGAGGACUCGAAGAGGAAAUAUUACAUUUCCGCUGCACCGCAAUGUCCCCCCGAUGACAAACAGCUGGCAGUGCCAAUUAUGAAAUCGUACUUCGAUUUCAUCUUUGUUCAGUUUUAUAACACCUACUAUUGCUCCGCGAGAAGCUGGGUCUCGAAUCCUAGAACUUCUGCCUUCUCCUUCGAUGACUGGGUGAAAGUCAUUAAGCGCAGCCCCAACCCUUCUGCAAGAAUCUAUCUUGGCUUGUUAGCUAGCGUAACUGCUACUACUGCUAGUGACAUAUAUUAUCUCACACCGGAGGAGGCAACACACUCUGAAAACAACCAAAUCAAUGGUAAGAGCUACGCGGAUCACAUGAAGAGGGUCUUAUACGAGCUCUCUCCCCCUCCUCCAACAACAUCGUCCACCAAAACCAGCACCUCGACUUCGUCUUACCCUGCCAGCUCCUCCGAAAUCCCUUAUCCUAGCACCACAGAGACCCCUUAUCCUAGUACCACAGAGACCCCUUAUCCUAGCACUACGGAGACCCCGUCUCCUACCGAGACCGGGACGGCUUAUCCCAGCACCACGGAGACCACUUCUCCUCCUGAAACCGAGACGGUCUUCCCCACUGUCGAUCCGACUGAUACUGAGACCAUUUACCCAACUGUCGACCCUACCGGCACUGAGACUGUGUAUCCUACUGAAACUGUGUAUCCUACCGAGACUGUCUAUCCUAGUGAGACUGUUUAUCCUACCAUUGAUCCUACCGGCACUGAGACUUUGUAUCCUACUGAGACUGUCUAUCCCACUGUCGACCCUACCGGCACUGAGACUCUGUAUCCUACUGUUGAUCCUACCAGCACUGAGACCAUUUACCCAACUGUCGACCCUACCGGCACUGAGACUGUGUAUCCUACUGAAACUGUGUAUCCUACCGAGACUGUCUAUCCUAGUGAGACUGUUUAUCCUACCAUUGAUCCUACCGGCACUGAGACUUUGUAUCCUACUGAGACUGUCUAUCCCACUGUCGACCCUACCGGCACUGAAACUGUGUAUCCUACUGAGACUCUCUAUCCCACCGUUGACCCUACCGGCACUGAGACUGUCUAUCCCACUGUCGACCCUACCGGCACUGGGACUGUCUAUCCCACUGUCGACCCUACCGGCACUGGGACUCUCUAUCCAACUGUCGACCCUACCGGCACUGAGACUGUCUAUCCUACUGUCGACCCUACGGGCACUGAGACUAUCGACCCUACUGUCCACCCGACUGACACUGAGAGUGACUGCCCUGAAACACCCUACCCGACUGAGACCGUGUAUCCAACUCUCACCGAGACAGUCUCCCCUACCGCCUAUCCCACUGACGUCUACCCUACUGAUACAGAGACGGCCUACCCUUCCGACACUGAGUCUGUAUAUCCUACACACACCUCAAUCACCAUCUCAAAAUACCCCUCAGAUCCAGCACCUACGACAAUCACCACAGUAAUCACUACCACCUACACCACGGUUUGCCCGACGGGAUAUACCACAAUCACAGCCACAUACACUACAACGUACUGUCCAGGAACAGGGUGUGGCUCAACCUCGUCUAGUGUUGGGCCAACUGCACCACCGCCAGUUUCCCCCGGCUACCCUGCCGAAACCCCUCCGGCUGGCGGGUACCCUUCAACUUUCUCAACCGAACAUUGUGGCGGAGACGGAUGUCCGUCUCAGACUCCACCCGCUCCUUCAGGUCCAGCAGCCAGCUACCCAGGCGCCUCUGGAUCAGGAGUCCACCCGACAAGCCCGUCACCACCAGACUACAUAGGAAGUGCUCCGGCAACAUCCUUGAGCGGAAAGUGGCUCCUGACCUUAGCCGUUGGUGUCUGUGCUUUCUUCUUCAGCAUGUAAUUAUUUGUCCUUCGGACUUUUACUUCGUUUCUCUUUUCUUAAGUGUUGGUUUGCAUGUCAGAAAGCUCUGACUCUGCAACGAGCAUUGAAGAUAGUUUUACAUUUAUAUACACCUUUUUUGGACAUGAUGAUGAACUUUGUGUAAUUUUUCUCACUAGAUUCGCCUGACAUAAUUUAACUGAAACUUUUCCAUUUGUGUUGAUAGUACGCUGCAAACGUCUGGCUAUUAUCAAAUUCCUUAAAGCUCACUCACUAUCGUAUCCCUUGCGAGUACAGUGAUGCAUCCACCUGGCUGACUCGACUAGGGUGGCCCUAAUUUUCAUACGACCUUUAUCCUGUAAAGAACAAGAUAAAAUCGCACACGAACUAUACCACGAAUUUUAGCGAAGGUGGCAUGAGAAAUCAAACAUUUGAAAUAAGUAUCUUUGAAAAUACUAGUGAGGUAAUAUACCAUAGAAGAAUAAAAAGACAAGUGGAGAGGGUAUAUAUGAGCGGAGAUGAGAUCAAGCUCAACGGGCAUUCUCUUUUUUAUCCCCUAUCUACCUUUGCAUCCUUUGCUAAACCUCCCACUUCUCAAAAAUGGAAUCUGAACACCAACAACAUCCCUACUCUCUUCUUCAAGGAUGAAAACAACCUUAUCCACCCCCUGUCCACCGUACGUCAACAAGUCCGCCAGCUGCCAUGAAUCGCAGGUAUCCACCAGCGCGCCUUGGGCAGGAAGAUCUGACAUCCUCUUGUUAUCUUGGGGCACCGUACCGUACCCAUAGCUCGCGCUGCUCUCCAUCAUUAUUGUUAUUCCAUCAUCUUGUUUUGCUUUAUCCAUUUGUGGCCUGCUUUCUUUCCCGUUCUGGCCUGGCUUCCUAUGACUCUGUCACAGUUCUCAAUAUCAAUAUUUGUCAUUUGUAGUAACUGCCUUGUGCAGGUAAUGUACAUUCACGUACAUGUACAUCCAAUUUCUUGCAUAAUUGUAGAAGUAGGAACAUUCUCCUCUAAGCACACCAUCUCAUUGUAUAAGCUUAACCUUCUGUUGAUCAUUUCAAGGUGGGAAGUCGGCAUAUUACCAAAGAGAGGUGGGGAGAGAGAUGACUGUUUUCUUUCCUACUGGGGCCCCUGCUCCUUGCGAAUACCAUCAAAUCUUCCUUAAAAACCCAAGCAACGAAAGUUCUGUACAUAUCCGCAACUUACUGGCUGUUUCCAGACCUGAUAUGAACAUGUACAUGCAAAUAGUAGUUUCUAAGUUUCGAGACGCUUAGUGUUUCAACAUACCCAUCUCUUCAGGAUCGAUCUCCUUUCUUCCAGCUCAUUGCAACAGGCACAUUUGGUAUGGCUAGGGGGGUUACCGCGUUGAUCAUGCGCGCACCACGGACAGCCUGUGGGAGACAGGCCUAUUUGAGCUGGACUGGAUUGCGCCAUCCUAUAUUCUUUGCAGAGAUGAUCCCCGGCUAGCUGGCAAGAUGGGUACUGAAAGAAUAGCCUACAAGCUUUGUUAGCCGGGAGACCUUGGAGGGGUGAAAGGGAACUGAGGAAGGUAGCUGAUAGACAUGUGGCGGGUUCAGUCUCAGCCUGGUGAUUGGGACGGGUUGUUGAGCUUGGAGGGGAACGAUAGACGUUAAGAGUUGGGUUUUCCCCCUACAUGCAUGUUUAUCAAUCAGGCGGGAAAAUUGGGAAAGGAAGUGAAAACUUUUCCUCUCUGGGAAUAUAGCAUGUGGAAGGGCAGAUAAUUAUUCAAUCUUGUGAAUCUUCUUUAUUUCUUAAUUAAGUAUAUCUAAAUUAUAUGUUAUAACAUUGAGCCCCAUGUAAUAGAGGACAACAAAC